ACCUCUUUCCCUCACACGUGUUGUUGAGAAUGUCGGUAGUGUUUCCAUCUCACGGAUUUAACUGACUGCUGUGAUUAAACAGCGGUAUUUAAUCGAAUACCAUAGAAACAUUGUAGCACGACACUUAUUCAACACAAUGGCCCAGCGGAAGAAGAAGUUUAUGAAGAGGAGGAAGAACUCCGCGAACAGAGAUCACGAGCUCGACUCUGAUGAAGGACAAUUUGAAGUUUCUGCACAAAUCAAAGAUGAUCAACAUACAGCUGGCAGAAGACUUCCUCAUUUCCCUGCAUCAUCCGAGUGUGUGUCUGACGUGGAGCCCGACACCAGAGAACUCGUCAGAGCUCAGAACAAGAAGAAAAAGAAGUCUGGAGGCUUUCAGUCAAUGGGUCUCAGUUACCCCGUGUAUAAAGGUGUUAUGAAAAAGGGUUAUAAAGUCCCUACACCGAUCCAGAGAAAGACUGUUCCAGUGAUUCUGGAUGGCAAGGAUGUGGUGGCAAUGGCUCGGACCGGAAGUGGAAAGACUGCCGCUUUCCUGAUUCCCAUGUUUGAGAAGCUUCAGGCUCCGCAGGCUCAAACAGGGGCCCGGGCUCUGAUUCUCACCCCAACCAGAGAGCUUGCGCUGCAGACUAUGAAGUUCACCAAAGAGUUGGGGAAGUUCACUGGCCUUAAAACGGCACUCAUUCUUGGUGGAGACAGUAUGGAUGAUCAGUUUGCUGCUCUUCAUGAAAAUCCAGACAUUAUUAUUGGUACUCCUGGUCGUCUGAUGCACGUCGUCAUGGAGAUGAACCUCAAACUGCAGGGUGUGGAGUAUGUGGUGUUUGAUGAAGCAGAUCGCUUGUUUGAAAUGGGCUUUGCAGAUCAGCUUCAGGAAAUAAUCAGACGUCUUCCAGACACACGACAGACACUGCUGUUCUCCGCCACGCUGCCCAAACUGCUCGUAGAGUUCGCCAGAGCUGGUCUCACUGAGCCAGUUCUCAUUCGUCUGGAUGUGGACUCUAAACUCAGUGACCAGUUGAAGCUUUCAUUCUUUCACCUGCGUCUGGAUGAUAAACCUGCUCUUCUGCUUCAUCUGCUGAGGAACGUGGUGAAGCCACAGGAACAGACACUCGUGUUUGUGGCCACCAAACAUCAUGUGGAGUAUCUUAAAGAGCUGUUGACGGUGGAGGGCAUCGAUUGUGCGUACAUUUACAGCUCUCUGGACCAGACUGCUCGCAAGAUCAACAUCGGACGCUUCGUUCACCGCAAGGCCAUGGUACUGCUGGUCACAGAUGUGGCGGCACGUGGAAUCGACAUUCCGCUUUUAGACAACGUCAUCAACUUCAACUUCCCCUCCAAAGCCAAACUCUUUCUGCACAGAGUUGGUCGUGUGGCGCGUGCUGGUAGAGGCGGUACAGCGUUCAGUCUCUUGUGUCCCGAUGAAGUGUCUUUCGUCUAUGACCUUCAUCUGUUCUUGGGUCGACCCAUUCAGAUUGCUCAACCUGAUCACACACAAGAUACAGAUGGUUUGAUUGGCCGUGUUCCUCAGACCAUUCUUGACGAUGAAGAGUCACAGCUCCUCACAGCUCAUGAGAACUCACUGGAUCUUCAGAACCUCAGACGGGUGUCAGAGAACGCUUACAAGCAUUACUUGAAGUCUAGACCCAACCCCUCUCCAGAGUCCAUCAAACGCGUGAAGAACACUGACUUCUCCUCCAUGAGCGUCCACCCUCUGCUGGGUUCUGGACUGGAGCGGAACGAGCUGGACAGACUGUUGAUUGUCGACAGCAUCAAGGGUUACAAAGCAAAAUCUACUAUAUUUGAAAUCAACUCCAACAAUAAAACAAAUGCCAGUGAGGUGAUGCGAGCGAAGCGUUCACGGCACAGUCAUUUAGUUGACAAAUUUCAGAAAACACGUGCAGAUCUGAUAACGGUGCCCACUGCUUACCCUGUAACUAGAACAGAACCAAAACACGAUGAGGAGGAAGAUGAUGAGGAAGACCUGGAGAAUGUGUUCUCUCAAGUGGUUGGAAGAAAAAAAAAACGAAAGCAAGACAAUGAAACGGACGGACAAAAGAGCAAAAAGAACCAAAGUUCAGAAAAAGAUGAAGAGUUUUACAUCCCAUACAGACCCAAAGACUUCAAUUCAGAGAGGGGGUUGAGUCUCGGUGCUGACGGCAGCACGUUCGAGCAGCAAGCGUCCUCUGCAGUUCUAGAUCUGAUGGGAGAUGAGAGCAACACUUUAAACCAGCAUAAGAACAUGAUGAAAUGGGAUCGCAAGCGGAAGCGCUUCGUCCAUGACAUGGGCAAAGACGGGAAUAACAAGAAAAUCAAAACCGAGAGUGGACAGGUGGUGAGCCACAAAAAGAAGAAGAACUUUUAUGAAGAAUGGAAGAAAAAGUACAAGGUGGAUGAUGGAGCAUCAGAGUCGGAUGGAGAAACUGUUGGAGGAGCCAAAGGGAGGAAAUUUGGCGGUGGAAGAGGAAGAGGAGGGGCUCAGUCACAGUCCGGACCGCAGCGCAGUGGAUCAGGAGUGCGGUCUGAACUCAAGAACAGCCAACAGAUCCUCAAACAACGCAAACGUCAAGCCAAACAGCAGUUUCUACAGAGUGGCGGCAUGAAGAAGCUCCGUUCCAAAGGAAGACAGCGCCUGCAGGAAGUGAUGAAAUCUGGAUUUGGCCGCAGUGGACAGAAAAAAGGAAAGAUGAGGAAGAGAUUUUAAGAAGCAAAUGAGGAAUCCUUCAAUACAAGCUCACAAUAGUCAUUAGUCCUAGCUGAAGAAAACACAUCGGACAUAAUUCUGUUCAUAUUAAAUACAAUGUGAAAAGACUUUGAUCUUUUACUGAAUGCUGAAUUGCAGCUGCUGUCUCAUGCCCAUGAAAUAUUAAUGCUUCAUUAAUCUCAAUAUGUGGCCAAUACAGAUGGUCACUAAUAUUGAUUUGUUGUCUUUUCAACACUUCAUCCGCGGAUUCAUAACAGUGCACGAAUGUUCAGAGUUCCAUACAAGUUAAGCUCUUUCAGCUGCAUUUGUGGAGUAAUGUCGAUUAUCACAGAAAAUAAUUUCAAUUUCAUAUGAAUUAAAUCAAGGUUACAGUAAAACAAUAAUGCAUAAUGGAAGUACACUGGACCUGAUGGUACACAUUAAAAUACCCAUUGUUUUCAAAGUAAAAUAAAGAUAUAUCCA